CUGUCUUGACCACGGUCUUGACUCUUUUCAAAUGACAGUAAACGAAAAUGGAAAAAAUACAAUACGAUGGCUGUUGUACAAAAUUUUAAUAAAUUAAUUAAGGGCGAAGAAGAAUUGAAUGGCAACAUGCUGCCUUCGGUGUUAUCCAGUUCAAAUAUCUCGUAUUCGAGAAUGUCGGCGGACAGCGACGAUUUUGAUAUACAACAGGAGCUAAGAAACAUUGAAAAUGUAAUCAGCUUAACCCGUGCAAAUAUCGACGCAUUAAAUGCGAAAUUCGCCGACUUUCAACAUCCCCCUGCAAUGUACUUGAAGGAAUACGACGAUUUAACAUCAAAGUUGCACCAAUUGGAAGCGGAAGAAAGGAGGUUACACGAACAGUUGCGAAAUGGCCAGGAGAGUCCCGAAUUGAGCCAUUAUGAAACUUAUACUCCACCACAAUGCGAUACAUUAACACGGCCUAAAACUUUUUUAAGAGCUCAUUUACCCAACCAGCAACGUACUAGCGUGCAAGUGCGUCAAGGUCUUACGUUGCGGGAAGCCUUAGCUAAAGCAAUGAAACUUCGGAAUCUUUUUUGUGAAAUGUGCUGUGUAUACUUAGGAAAUAGUACUUUUGUGGUGAAUUGGGAUGUGGAUAUUAGUACAUUAGAUUGUGAAGAAAUUACCGUUAAAAUAUUAGAUAAAUUUCCAAUACCGACAAGUAUUUCUCAUAAUUUUGUGCGGAAAACAUUUUUUUCUUUAGUAUUUUGUGAAUGUUGCCGGAGACUUUUGUUUCAAGGGUUUCAUUGUCGAACUUGUGGAUAUAAGUUUCAUCAACGUUGUGCAAAUGGAGUUCCUUCAUUAUGCCACCAAGUACGUUUCUACAGUAACCAGGUUUUUUUAUUGAUAGAUGUGAACAACUUUUGGGUUUAUUUGUGGUCUAUUUCUUAUUUAUUGAAAGUAGAUAAUCGAGUAGAUAAUUUGAGAUCAUUCUUAAUUGCAAAUGGUGAUUCUAAAUCAGUAUUGCCCGAGGUAUUGCUAUUCUCGCACACUUACAAAGUUUCCCACUUUGAAUUUUUAUGCAAUACAGUAGACUCGCGUUUUUGUGAACAUUGGCGUAUAUGAACGUUCAAUAAUGUAAACAACAAAACAUUCCUAUUGACUACUCUGUAGUGUGAACAACGUAUACUCUCAGUAAUGUGAAUGUGAACAGUACAUAUUGCAGGUUCAGACUUGCUUGCAACUGUUUUAGGAGCAUAUCACAGGUCAAGAAAAAAAUAAUUUUUUU